GGUGGUACGGGGUCUCAUCCGAUGAGGGGUGUUGUCCGCCGAUAUGGUUCACAUGGCUCUCGGCAAUUGAAAGGCGGGUGUCUGAUAGGCGAGAAAGAGACAAACAUGGGGGCUAAACGAGGCUCCCUAGGCUGUGGGUUGCCCCACAAUAUGGGAGAGUGAAGAGAUGGGUGAACUGUGUCGUGGGGCAAUUCCGGAGGGUAUUGGAUUGACUUUAACCUGCCUAGAAGAUGAACUUGCUCGAACGAUAUACCUGGGAAGCAGAGCUUUGAAGAUCGAGACCGUGUUGUUACAGUACUUACCAGACAUUAUUGUGUUUGAUAGCGCACACAGCCGUUCGCCGAAAACAGUGUUGUCAAGCGUUGCAGUUGCUCAUCUGGAUAUUGCAUCGAAUCAAUUCUCCAGUCAGUCCAUAUCCGGCAGCGUUGCAACAAUGGCGCCUCAGAGAAAAAGCAUCGUCGUGACUGGCGGCGCAAGCGGCAUAGGACUCGGCAUCACCCGAUCCUUUGCGGAACAAGGAGCACAUAUCUCGGUCUUGGACGUCAACAGUGAAGGCGACAACAUCGUCAAGGCUUUGUCCUCGGAUUUUUCGGACGCGAGCUUCUCGUUCACCAAGACCGACAUUUCGAACUGGGACGAGCUUGCCGCGGCUUUUGAGCAGAUCUAUCGAGACCAGGGACGGAUCGAUGUCGUGAUGGCUAAUGCGGGCAUUUCCAAGGAAGUCAAGCUCAAUAUUGAUGAGGAGACGCCGUCGAAACCGAGCCUGCCUUCGCUGGAUGUGAAUCUUGUUGGGACGAUUUAUACUGUGAAACUGGCGAUUCACUAUAUCAAGAAGAACACCACUGUCAAUGGAGCCAGUCCUGCCUCCAAGGGAUCAAUCGUAUGUACAGCGUCGAACGCGGGACUAUACCCGUUCCCAGUGGCGCCGAUAUACGCUGCUGGCAAGGCUGGGGUUAUUAAUCUCGUGAGAUCACUUGCGAGACCGCUUGGACUGGAUGCUAUUCAAAUCAAUGCGCUGGCGCCGGCUGUGUUGGAAACGAAUAUCGCUCCGAGCAAGGAUCUAUUCAAGCCGAUGAUUGUCACGCCCAUGUCCACAUUGACGAGGGGUGUGCAGCAACUCGUUUCGAAUCCUUCGUUGACGGGGCAGGUUGCUGAGAUUCAUGGGAGUGAAGUCACGUUGGCGGAAUCGCCGGCUUAUGUUGAUGAGGAUACUGGGAAGAAUAUCGAGACUUUUUGGUCUUUGGGAUACGCGUGAAUGGGAUGCCUGGUGAUAUCUUCGACUGAUACGAUUUUCCUUCCAAUGAGAAUGUAGGCAUGGGAUCAAUAACGAUCUAGGGGUGAUUGACUACCUUGUACUUUGAAGCUAUCAGGACCCAGGUCUCUCUUUCAGCUCCAAUUCUUGGUCCGGCGUUGAGUCGGGCCUAGACACAAACUAGAAGCAAGCGACAAGCGAUUCUCAG